AAAAUCAUAGCAAUUCCCACUUUCUUUUUAGGGUUUUUUAAAUUUCUGUAACUGAUGCUCCUUCGCUCUCUCUCCCCCUUAUUCUUCCCGCUGAUUCCACAAUCUCGGAUUCGUUUCCCCUUCCGAUCGAAGUUUCAUCUUCAACGAACGAGCUAAAUUCUUCGUAGAGUGUUCGGGUUCCGUUACUAUUUCUUGAAAUGGCAGCGUUAAUGGCGCCGUAUAAGCUGACGGACGGAGCAGUGAUGGUGAUCUGCAAGAGGGAGCCGACAGCAGAGAUGUUCCAGCCGAUUGUUCAAGUAUUUGAGUUGAAAUUGGUUAACACUUCGCAGCAGUCAGGCAACGAGAGGUAUAGAUUGUUGCUUUCUGAUGGAACCCAUUUCCAACAAGGAAUGCUGGGCACUCAGCUCAAUGGAUUGGUUAAAUCUGGGAAGUUACAGAAAGGUUCUGUCGUUCAUUUGAAGCAGUAUGUUUGUAACCCCGUUCAAGAUCGCCUGAUUAUAAUUGUCAUCAAGUUGGAUGUUCUAGUGGAUGUGUGUGAAAUUAUUGGCGAGCCUGUACAAGCAACGAGGUCAGUAAUAGCAGGUGCAAGUGGAAAUCCCCAAUCCUCUGUGGGUCCUUCACCCAACGGUGGAAUGGUUGGUAAGACGAAUGUAUCUGGUGUGUCUUUUGAACAGCCCAACGUGAUUCAAUCGCAUGUGGGCUCUUUUUCUAACAAUCCUGAGUCUGGAAGAUACACUGCAUCAAUUGCACCUCCUCUUUACUCUAAUAUGGAUCCUGGAACAAGGUUUAACGGGCCAUCUUCUUUAAGUGGGUCAUAUGGUGAUCAGAAGAUGGCAUAUCAAAACAAUGAAUCAGAUAUUCCAAGGCCUCCUCUAAAUGCUUAUUCCCGUCCUCAGCCAACAUAUCAGCAGCCACCUCCAAUGUACAGUAAUAGAGGACCAGUAGCAAAAAACGAAGCUACCCCAAGGAUAAUGCCUAUUGCUGCUCUGAACCCUUACCAAGGAAGGUGGACAAUAAAGGCUCGAGUUACAUCAAAAAAAGAACUUAAGCACUACAAUAAUCCUCGUGGGGAGGGGAAAGUGUUUUCAUUUGAUCUUCUUGAUUCCUAUGGUGGAGAAAUACGGGUAACAUGCUUCAAUACAGUAGCCGAUCAGUUUUACAACCAGAUCGAAUCUGGUAAAAUCUACUUCAUUUCUAAUGGAACUUUGAAACCUGCUCAAAAGAACUUUAAUCAUCUAAAAAACGACUUAGAAAUAUUUCUUGAGAGCACAUCAACACUCCAACCUUGCUUUGAGGAUGACCAAUCAAUCCCCCAACAACAGUUCCAUUUCCGUCAGAUUAGUGAGAUUGAAGGCAUGGACAGCAACACUGUUGUAGAUGUAAUUGGUGUUGUUUCCUCCAUUAAUCCUUCAACUUCUUUAAUGAGAAAAAAUGGUAUUGAGACUCAGAAGAGAUCCCUUCAGUUGAAGGAUAUGUCUGGCCGAAGUGUUGAGUUAACUCUGUGGGGAAACUUCUGUCAAGCAGAAGGGCAAAGAUUGCAGAAUAUGUGUGACUCGGGGCUGUUCCCAGUUUUGGCUGUGAAAUCUAGUAGAGUGAGCGACUUCAAUGGGAAGGCAGUGGGGACCAUUUCAACCAGUCAGCUUUUUGUUGAGCCAGACUUUCCCGAGGCUCGUAGGCUGAGGGACUGGUUUGAGAAGGAAGGGAGGAGUACUCCUUCUGUCUCUUUAUCGAGGGAAGUUUCUACUGUGGGCAGGACCGAUGUCCGUAAGACCAUAUCUCAAAUCAAAGAUGAGAGGUUAGGAACCUCUGAGAAGCCAGAUUGGAUUACUGUUAGUGCAACUGUUUCAUUCAUCAAGGUCGACAGCUUCUGUUACACGGCAUGUCCUAUCCUGAUUGGGGACCGACAAUGCAACAAAAAGGUUGCGAAUAAUGGAGAUGGAAAAUGGAGAUGUGAUAGGUGUGAUCAGUCCGUUGAGGAAUGUGACUACAGGUACAUACUCCAGCUACAAAUACAGGACCAUACUGGCUUAACUUGGGUAACUGCAUUUCAAGAAGGCGGUGAGGAGAUCAUGGGCAUACCUGCAAAAAGACUGUAUUUUUUGAAAUACGAAGAGCAAGAUGAUGAGAAAUUUGCAGAAAUCAUCCGUAAGGUCCUCUUUACAAAAUUCAUUAUGAAGUUGAAAAUAAAGGAAGAGACUUUCAGUGAUGAAUCGCGAGUAAAGUCAACAGUGGUGAAAGCAGAUAGUGUAAAUUUUUCAACAGAGUCCAGGUUUCUCCUAGAUUUGAUGGAAAAGCAUAGGGCAGAGAACCCUAGUUCUAUUACCCCAAAGGCAGAACCCGGACUUCACAACCCUGGAGCAGUGAAUGUUGGCGGUGGACAGUUCGUGUCACCCAUUCGAAAUAGUAGCAAUGUUGGCAGAGAAUAUGGUACUCCAAACCAAGGUAUUCAGCUCGGGAACCAGUACAACAGUUCUAGGCUCACUCCAUCCAUGCCGCUUAACUCGAACAUGUACUGCAACAGCUGCGGGAGCUCCGGUCACAGCUCUAUGAACUGCCCGAGUAUCAUGAGCGGUCCUACGCAUCCCGUUGGAGGGGGGAUGUAUUCAAAUAGAGCUUCUGGCCCUACUGGUGGUGCCUCUGGUGAAUGCUUCAAAUGCCAUCAGACAGGGCACUGGGCUAGGGAUUGCCCUGGUUUGGCCUCUGUCCCUCCCGCUUAUGGUAGCAGUGGAUUCACAGCCAGGUGAUCCAGGCAAGUUUCUAAAUUCUGAAUGCCUAAUUUUUUCAUAAGAAAAUAUAUGGCAGGAGAAGAGAAGCACCAAGGUGGAAAGUUUGGACAAACUUUUGCUAGCCGUUUUUGGGGCCUCAGUUACUGAAAUUUUCUUGUACAGCUGUUGCUUGGAAACUGUGUUUUGCAUCUUAGACAAUCUGUAAGCAUAGUUUUUUUUUAGCCCACUUUUUUUUCCUGUUAUUUUC